ACGGAUAAUUUCUUUUGUUGUUUUUUUUUCGUCAAAUGUUACAUUGAACAGCAUUUUAUGUUAAUACCAAAAUACCAUAAAAUAUGAACAAAUUAAUGACGACAAACAAAAAGUAAGGAAUAAAGAAUAAAUUGAAGAUAUUGCGAAGUGCGUGUGAUACAGUGGCAGUGAAAAGGAAACGAGGGUUAAGAAGAGUUUGCUUAUUAGCCAGUUGGACUUGUCCUUGUGUGUCACAUAUUGAGGAAUAGCAAUAGCAGCGGCGGAAUUCAUUUGUUGUCUUCUUGAAUCACCUGAGUUGUACACCUGCUGCGUGGUGUUUUGUUCCCCCUACGGAAGCCUCCCCAGUGUAUUUACUCACCGAUAUCUUUUUUUUUUUGUUAUUUAAUUUCCCUUUUGAUUGGCACUUUCUUUGCAUCUUCCUCACACACACACGCAGUUGCAGCAGCAGCAGCAGCUUAGACUGACUACAAAAUGACUGACUACAGCGAUUUAGAUCGACAAAUUGAGCAGCUUAAACGCUGUGAGAUUAUCAAAGAAAACGAAGUCAAAGCCUUGUGUGCCAAAGCACGCGAAAUCCUAGUGGAGGAGGGCAAUGUACAGCGCGUCGACUCACCGGUCACUGUGUGUGGCGAUAUACAUGGUCAGUUCUAUGACCUGAAAGAGCUGUUCAAAGUGGGCGGCGAUGUGCCCGAAAAAAAUUAUCUCUUCAUGGGCGAUUUUGUGGAUCGUGGCUACUACAGUGUUGAGACAUUUCUUUUGUUGUUGGCUUUGAAAGUGCGCUAUCCAGAUCGCAUUACACUGAUACGUGGCAAUCAUGAAUCUCGUCAAAUUACCCAGGUCUAUGGUUUCUAUGACGAAUGUCUGCGCAAAUAUGGCUCCACAGCGGUUUGGCGUUAUUGCACCGAAAUUUUCGAUUAUCUCUCAUUGUCGGCCAUUAUUGAUGGCAAAAUCUUUUGUGUCCAUGGGGGCCUCUCACCAUCCAUACAGUAUUUAGAUCAAAUCCGUACCAUAGAUCGCAAACAGGAGGUGCCACACGACGGCCCCAUGUGUGAUUUGCUGUGGUCCGAUCCGGAGGAUCAAACUGGUUGGGGUGUAUCACCCCGUGGUGCUGGUUAUUUGUUUGGAGCCGAUGUUGUUAUGCAAUUCACGCGUACCAAUGACAUCGAUAUGAUAUGUCGUGCCCAUCAACUGGUAAUGGAAGGAUUCAAAUGGCAUUUUGGCGAAGCCGUACUUACGGUGUGGUCAGCACCCAACUAUUGUUAUAGAUGUGGUAAUGUGGCAGCUAUAUUGGAAUUAAACGAGUACCUGCAUCGUGAUUUUGUUAUAUUCGAAGCAGCGCCUCAAGAGAGUCGAGGCAUACCAUCAAAAAAGCCUCAAGCUGAUUACUUCCUUUAAAUAAGCCGUCGCUAACCUAAGCAUCAUAACCCUAUAGACUAUCCUCACGCGAGCCUCAUAAAACAACAACAAAAUAGUGACAAAUAAAUCCCUCAUACAGCAAACAAAAAAGAAAAGAAAAUAAAGGCGUCUAUGACGAACUAUUAAUAAAUUUAAACUAAAACAAAUAUUUAAAGACAUCAAAUCAUUCAUCAUGCGCAAUUUAACAAAAAACAACAACAGUUUCCUUCUUUUGUGAAGUUUGCCAAAAAAAAAAGAAAAAGAAAAUAUACAUAUUUUUAAAUAAGAAAAAUCAUUUACAAAAAAAACUUCACAGAAACUCUAAUAGAACAAAAAUUGACUUGGCCACAAUUGAAAAAGCGUGGCACAGGAAUAUCAUGAAUCAGAAACCCCCCUUAAGCUAAACAAAAUCUAAAAUUAAAAACACAAACAAUAUAUACAUAUAACUAAACAAAAAAAAAACAAAUUCGCGAUUCUUUUAAUAAAUGUUAGUUAUAGUUACCUAAGUAUUAAGUUAGAAAAAAAAUAAAAACCCAAAAAAAAAUUUACUAUAAUCCUCCCUUUUUAACCAACAAAUUCGUAUCAGCCCCCUCCUGCAAAUCAUACA